AUGCUCGCCCGUGGAGGGCUCCGGGGUGCAGCCGGGGUGAGCGCCACGGGAACGAGUCCGUCCGAAGAGAAGGACGAGACCGGCGAGCCGCUCAUUGCGCGGAAACAGAUCAAGCACGCCCAGCCGUGGCUGACUCAAGCAGAAGAAGAUGCGGUAGCGUCGACGGUGGCAUCGGGAAGGCUCACCAUGGGCCCGGCUACCAAGGAGUUUGAGGCCUCGGUCGCCGCCUUUGCCGGUAGGACCCAUGCCGUGGCGGCCUCGUCCGGAACAGCCGCGCUGCAGCUGGCGCUGGCGGCGAAGGGCGUGGGUCCAGGCUGGACCGUGGUUCUUCCUGCAUACACCUGGGUGGCCACCUACAACGCGGUCGUCCUUGCCGGCGCCACGCCCGUCCUCGCCGACGUCGAUCCGCUGGCGUACACCAUCGAUCCGGCAGCCACCGUGGCGGCGCUCGACAGUGCCGUCACCGGCGGCGCCGACCCCGGCAAGAUGGCGAUCAUGCCGGUCCAUAUGUUUGGCUACCGCGCCGGCGCCGGCUGGCUCCCUGACCUUGCCCGCGAGCGCGAUCUGACGGUCAUUGGCGACGGGUGCUGCUCGUUUGGCGGCAUCGCUGGUGGCGAGCGGUGCGGCGCGUGGAGCCCGCUGGAGGCGUUUUCGUUCCAUCCACGCAAGGUAGUGACCGCCGGUGAAGGCGGCAUGCUCCUGACCGACGACGAUGAGGUGGCGGCCAAGCUGCGCGCGUUGCGCGACCACGGCGCUCACCGGUCGGCCGAGCAGCGCCGCCAAACAGGCGCCGGCGGGCCGAUGGUCCCCGAGUUUGAGCUCGGCUACAACUUUCGCAUCACCGAGAUGCAGGCUGCUCUCGGCGCGGCCCAGAUGUUGCGCAUCGGCGAGCUCCUCCGCGCCCGCCGCGACGUCGGCCUCCGCUAUGACGAGCUGCUUGUCGACGGGCCGGCCUGGCUGCGCCCGCCGCCGCGCCUCGCCGGAGGGCCGGGGGCCGAACCGGAUGGCGACGAUCGCAUCCUCACCUUCUACCCUGUCACCCUCUGGGGCUCGCGCGCCGACGACGCGCCAGCAAAGCUGGCCGCAUCGUGGGCGGACGGCGACGCCGCUGCCGUGGCCAAGGCCGACAAGCUCGGCGCCUGGCGCGACCGGCUCAUGGGCGACCUCGCCGCCGCUGGCGUCGCCGCCCGCCCGCCGAUGCUCUCGCUCCCAGACCUUCCCUACGUCCAGGAGCGGUCGCAUCUUGCACCGACCGACUAUCCGGUCUCGUCGCUCCUUGCGCGCCUCACCUUUUCGCUCCCUCUCCACCACGAGGUGACUUGGGACGAUCAGCGCCAGAUUGUCCGCCUUCUCCGCGAAAUCCCGUCAUCCUGGCACUCUCUCGACGAGCGCAUCGCCGCCGUUGAUCGUGCACUUGGCAAAGCCCAGAGCUAGGGAGCCGCUUCACUACCAGGGCCGGGAACUAGAGCCGCC